GCUCUACCUUCAUGUUUAGAUAAACGUUUUUGCAAGCUAUGUGGAAUAGCUUUGAAUCUAAGUUAUACAGUUGGUAUUAUCUAUUAUAAUACUGGGGAUUUGGAUGUAUAUCUGUGAAGGGUCAAAAAGUAUUCACGGUGGCUUGUUUUUGGGUCUACCUAGUUGAGGAAUUGAAUUGAAUGUGCUUAGUUCUGUGCUCUGUAUGUGCUAGAGAAGUGCAAUAAUCAAAUGGAGCACAUGGGUUGUUGCUUGCUUGACUACGGAGUCACUUGUGGUGUGUUGGGUGUGGAACCAAAUAUAUUAAUCUAUUGAGUUCUAAAGGGUUGCCACUUUCUGGGUUUGAGUAUAGGAGUUGAUUAAGGAAUUACUUUGUGCUUUUGACUUUUACACUUUCGAUCUUGUUUUUAAGACGAAUUAAGAAGAGGAGAGAAGGGAAUUUGAGGGAUUCGGAAUUUUGGAAAAUAUUGGGCUAAUUCCCGGUGACUGAAUUCUUUUUAUGUGAAGUCUUAGGGUCUUAUCUUCCUGCCACACGGAUCUUUCUUCUUUUCUGAAGGAUUGGCCUUCCAAAAUUUGCAGAGCAAUGCAAAACCUUCGAGCUUCUUUUUUUAUGGAUAUAGAAUAAAAUGGGGAUCCUUGGACGCAGUGCAAUUGUUACAAAGCCAAAUGAGUCUGUGAGGCUUAUUGUAACGACUUUUAUUGGAGUUGUUUUUGGCUUCCUGAUAGGAGCAUCAUUUCCAACACUUCCAUUAGCGAAGUUGAAUGUCCCUUCCAGCCUUCUUCCUUCAAUUAAUCUUUCCUAUAAUGAGGACAAAAAUUCAACAUUUUUGAAUGCUUUGUCUGCUUCGAAGGGCAACAAAAACACCUCAACUGAAGCUAAAAAAUUGAACAAUACGUCAAAGAUUUGGGUCUCAUCUAAUCCACGAGGUGCAGAAAUAUUACCCCCAGCCAUUGUUGCAGCUGAGUCAGACUUCUAUCUCCGCAGAUUGUGGGGCUUACCCAGUGAGGACCUAACUAUCAAACAGAAGUAUCUUGUAACCUUUACAGUUGGUUAUGAUCAGAGACAUAAUAUUGAUGCAGCAGUCAAAAAGUUCUCCGAAAACUUUACAAUACUUCUGUUUCAUUAUGAUGGUCGGACAACUGAAUGGAAUGAGUUUGAGUGGUCAAAACGAGCUAUUCAUGUCAGUGCUCUAAAGCAGACAAAAUGGUGGUAUGCCAAACGAUUUCUGUAUCCUGAUAUUGUGGCGCCAUAUGAUUACAUAUUUAUCUGGGAUGAAGAUCUUGGGGUUGAGCAUUUCAACGCCGAAGAAUACAUAAAGCUUGUGCGGAAGCAUGGGUUGGAAAUUUCCCAGCCCGGUUUGGAGCCUGACUGGGGGUUAACAUGGCAGAUGACAAAGAGAAGAGGUGAUCGCGAAGCUCACAAUGAACCAGAGGAGAAACCAAGCUGGUGCGCUAACUCAAAUUCGCCUCCUUGUGCAGCAUUUGUUGAGAUCAUGGCUCCUGUGUUUUCUAGAGAUGCAUGGCGCUGCGUGUGGCAUUUAAUUCAGAAUGACUUGGUCCACGGAUGGGGUCUGGACUUUGCCCUGCAAAAAUGUGUAGAGCCUGCUCAUGCGAAAAUUGGAGUUAUAGAUGCUCAGUGGAUAGUUCAUCAAACUGUUCCUUCACUUGGGAACCAGGGCGAAGCAGAGAAGGGGAAGGCGCCUUGGCAAGCGGUGAGGGAGCGGUGUAAAAGAGAGUGGACAAUGUUCCAAAAUCGAGUGGCAAAUGCAGAAAAAGCUUAUUACACGUCAAUGGGAAUCGAUCCUCCAAAUUCUACGGCUCGCUAGGGGACAAUGUCAUACAAUCACCACCCUAACAGUUUCUGUACUUACUAUAAUCAUAGCGAUAAAUACCAAUGCUUACCAUUUUUAAGGUAGUAAUCAAAAACAGAAUUCCCUGAUUGUAGGGUCACAGGUGUAACACAAAGAGCCACGACAACUUCCAUCUAUUUAUUGCAGAGGGGAGGCACACCUUUUUCAAUUUAUGAUUUAGUUCCGAAUAGUUUGAAGUAAAAUUGUUUUUGAAUUUAGUUGAAUUUUUAUUUUAAUUUUUUUUGAACGGGAUUGAAUUUUUAGUUGUGAAAUCUAUAUAAAUUGUAGGGGUUUGGAAAGUUGCUAUUUUAGUAGAUUAUUUUAGUUUUUAGUUAUUUUAAUCGGCUAAAAUUUUUAUGUUUGGAA